GAGGUCAUUAUCCCCAUGAGGGCGGAGCAGAAGGGGGAGGUGAAGAGAACGGAUGAAACAUUUGAAGCUCUUACUGACAUGCAGCUCUGACGGCUCCUGGGAGUCCAGUCAUGGACGGCGUGUUGGAAGAAGCGGCCGUGUUGUGCGUGUGCAAAGUGGCCUCCAGUCUCGUCUUCCUGCCCUCGCUGGCCGCCUCGUACAGUCCCGUCAGCUUCUGCUGCUGCUGCCUGCUGGUCUUCACCGACGUCCUGGUCGCAGUCUUCCUGAGCUUCCUUUGCGUCUCCGGUUCCUGGCUAACCGAGCCGACUCCGGCGGUCGACGUGGUCUCCCUCCGCUUCUUGAUCUUCCUCGGCCGCACGUACGGCGCCGUGUUGCUUCUCACCACGCCCCUGAUCGCAGCGGAGACUCUGACCAGGCUGCUGCGGCCUCGCUGCGGCUCCGACGGACACCGCUGUCGCGUCGGGGUCGACGCCGCCGCGGGAGGGGAGGACAGCGAUGAUGACGACGACGACAACGACGACGACAAAGGGCAGGGGUCGCCCCGUCGCGCUGUUGGCUACCUUUGCUGCCUGUCCGUGUGGGUCGCCGUCGCCCUCAACGUGAGGUGGCGAUGGGGGCGGGAGGAAACCUGGGCCGCCGCCUGUUUGUACGCCACAAACUCCCUCAUCGGCUGCUUGCCCAACUUGUUCAGCCCCACGUCCAUUGCCGUGAACCCCUGCUGGGGCGUGGCCUUCCUCUCCCUCCUCCUGCUCCUCGUGACCGCGAGCGCCGAUCCGCGCCGCCGCCGGCCAGACCUCGCUCGGGCGCUCCGCGGGCCUGCAGGCGCCGGGAUGCCGGCGCCGGGGGCAGCGCGCUGCGUCGACCCGGGGAAAACGGGGAGCAGCUGCGCCGUUCCCGCGGCCUUUGCUCUCGUCUCCCCGUGGCGUUCGGCCGCGGAGAGACGAACGAAUGAAUGUCUGCCUCUGACGCUCACCCCGGAGGACGUGGACGCGCGAAGCGGGAGCCGGAGGGUGUGGCGGCGGGGCGGGUCACCCUGCCCCGGGGUGAACGUGUUGAUGGGGUUCGUGGCCGUGCUCUCCAUCUUUGUGCUGCCCCUAAACCUCAGCGUGAACAUUCUUCUGAUCAGGACUAUAGAGACUGCGCUGGUGCUGUGUAUCACAUCUUUAGUUUCCUCUGCUGCAAACGCGAGCCCUCACAAUGAGACGCUUGUGUAAAAGCAGGCCGCCGAUUGGAGGCCGCAUGCAACAGGAUUGAUAUUGCGUGGGUGUAGAUGGCAGGUCUACCUGCGGAGAGUAAAUACGGCUUUCUGAGCAGCAAUUUGCAUGGGGGGGGGGGAAUAACAUGAGGGAACCGCUGAAAGGUGCUGAGGAGGCAGGUUGAGGCGUGCUGGUAGGACACUAAAUUAGACUGAAAAAGGCAGCUGGAAGGCCAUUUGUCUUCUUUAUUGUCAGAGCCUCAAAACCUGCAGCAAUUUGUCACUGAGUGACUUGUAGAAAGAUUCUCCAACUUAAACUGCUAAUCCAGGGGCAAUUCAUGCUUUCAGAGUAGUACAUGAAGGGUUCUCAUGCUGCAUUACAUAAACUCCACAGUGACUUGAGGGUGUACCACAGAUUGUGUUCAUUCUAUUUGUCCUUCUUCUUAAAUGAGCUUUUUUUUUUUUUUUCAAA